GCGGGUAUUCCAGAUCCACCGAAUAUGUCUGAAGAUUUAAUUAAAAUAAAAGCCAAGGAGCGCCAUUUCCUGGAACAAUUAUUGGAUGGGAAAAAACUAGAAAAUUAUAAAAUUCCAGUGCCAAUUAAAGCAGAACUCAGAAAAUAUCAGCAGGAAGGUGUGAACUGGUUGGCUUUUCUCAACAAAUACAAACUUCACGGUAUCCUGUGUGAUGAUAUGGGCUUAGGAAAAACCCUGCAGUCCAUCUGUAUUCUUGCAGGAGAUCAUUAUCUCAGGGCCCAAGAAUAUGCAAGAACUAAGGUGGCUGAUAGUAUUCCACUCCCAUCCUUGGUUGUGUGCCCGCCCACCCUGACAGGUCAUUGGGUGGAUGAAGUGGGCAAAUUUUGUUCCAAGGAGUUUUUGAAUCCUUUGCACUAUACUGGCCCUCCAACUGAAAGGGCAAGAUUACAACAGCAUGUAAAAAAACACAACCUAAUUGUAGCUUCUUAUGAUGUUGUGAGAAAUGACAUUGAUUUUUUCAGAAAUAUUAAAUUCAACUACUGUAUUCUUGAUGAAGGACAUGUCAUCAAGAAUGGAAAAACGAAGCUGUCAAAAGCUAUAAAGCAGUUGGCUGCCAAUUACAGAAUAAUACUCUCUGGAACACCAAUCCAGAACAAUGUAUUAGAAUUGUGGUCACUAUUUGAUUUUCUUAUGCCGGGAUUUUUGGGUACUGAGCGCCAAUUUGCAGCUCGUUAUGGCAAGCCCAUAUUAGCAAGUAGAGACGCUCGGAGCUCUAGUCGAGAACAGGAAGCAGGGGUCCUUGCAAUGGAGGCAUUGCACAGGCAAGUCCUGCCAUUUUUAUUACGAAGGAUGAAAGAGGACGUAUUGCAAGAUCUUCCACCAAAAAUCAUUCAAGACU